AUGGUCCGUAUCCUGAUCACAGGUUCCUCCGAUGGCUUUGGCCUGGAGGCUGCCCGCCAGCUAGUCCAGCGUGGCCAUAGCGUCUAUCUCCAUGCACGCAGUGAAGAACGCGCAGCUGAGGCCACGGCAAAGUGCCCGGGAGCUGCCGGCGUGCUGGUCGCAGAUUUGACCAGUGUGGCAGAGACACGCAAAUUGGCCAACGAAGCGAACGCAAUUGGUGUCUUUGACGCUGUCAUUCUCAAUGCCGGCUUGUUGUACGGUCCUUUCCGCAAAACGCCAGACUAUGGCGUACCGGCUCUAGUUUUCGUCAACGUCAUCGCUCCUUAUAUUCUUACCUGUCUGCUCAAGCAGCCGAAACGUCUUAUUUAUAUCGCUUCCAUCUUGCACAGGCAAGCCGAUACAGACGUUAAAGAUAUCUUCUUCCUCGAGCGCGGGGAGCAGGGAUUCCAGGAUUUCCCAGCCUAUUGCGACUCGAAGCUUCAUGUCAUGCUCCUUGCCAAUGCGGCAGCGAGACAGCUCAAGGGCACAUCUAUCAUAUCGGUUCAUCCUGGAUACGUUGCCACCAAGCUUGGAGGCAAAGGUGCCACCGAUAAACUGGAAGACGGCGUUGAGACAUAUGUCAUGCUGGCCGAGGGUGACUACGACCAAAGCCAGACUGGUGUUUAUUACGAGCCCAAAAAGAAGCUUGCUGAGCCUCUGGCUGCAGCCGAAGAUCAAAGUCUGCAAGAGCUUAUUGUCAAAGCGUGUAAAGAAAUCACUGGACUCGAGCUGGGAGCAUCGGCUUAA